AUGGCCCGCAAACACACCAGAAAGAAGACGCAUGUCGGCGCCAACAACCCCGAUAACAAUGGCGCGGGCCAUUCCACGGCCCGCAACCCCAAGAGCAUGGUGAUUCGCAUCGGCGCUGGCGAAGUCGGAACCAGCGUGAGCCAGCUAGCUACGGAUGUGCGCAAGGUCAUGGAGCCCGGCACGGCCAGUCGUCUUAAGGAGAGGAGGGGCAACAGGCUCAAGGACUACGUCGUCAUGUGUGGACCUCUGGGUGUUACACACCUGUUGCUCUUCUCGCGAUCCGACAGCGGAAAUACCAACCUGCGUGUCGCAUUGGCGCCCAGGGGACCGACCAUGAACUUCCGGGUGGAAAAGUAUUCGCUUUGCAGGGAUGUCCAAAGGGCUCAGAGGCAUCCUCUCGGUGGAGGCAAGGAGUUUCUCACGGCACCACUGCUCGUCAUGAACAACUUUAGCCGACCCGACUCGACUGCCACGUCCAAGAUACCCAAGCAUCUAGAAUCCCUGGCCACGACCGUCUUCCAGUCGCUCUUUCCGCCCAUUAACCCGCAAGCAACACCACUCAAGUCGAUACGCCGAGUGCUCCUUCUAAACCGUGAGGAGUCCAAAGAGGACGACGGCUCCUUCAUCCUCAAUUUUCGACACUACGCCAUCACGACGCGAUCUACAGGUGUAUCCAAGCAGCUGCGGCGUAUCAGCGCAGCUGAAAAGUUCAUGUCGACCAAGACAAGCCGCAAGAGCAAGCUACCCAACUUGGGAAAGCUUGAAGACAUCGCCGACUACAUGACGGGCGAGAACGGCGGAUACAUGACGGAUGCGACGAGUGGCAGCGAGCUGGACACGGACGCCGAGGUCGAGGUCAUGGACUCGGCGCCGCGCAAGGUCCAGUCCGCGCGGGCUCGUCAGGCCGCCGCCCGCGAGGUCGAAGACGCCGCAGAUGGCGAAGAGGACAAUGUCGAGCGACGUGCCGUCAAGCUCGUCGAGCUAGGCCCCCGGAUGCGCCUGCGCCUGACAAAGGUGGAGGAGGGCAUGUGCGGAGGCAAGGUCAUGUGGCAUGAGUACGUGAACAAGACAAAGGACGAAAUCAAGGACCUCGAGAAGCGGUGGGAGAAGCGCAGGCAGGAGAAGGAUGCCAGGAAGCGCGAGCAAAAGGCCAACGUUGAGCGCAAAAAGGCUGCCAAGGAGGCCCAUAAGAAGGCUACUGGCGGCGGUGGCGGUGAAGAGGUCGAUGAUGAGGAUGAGGACAUGAUCGACUAUAGUGACAUUGAUAGUGAGGGACUCGCUGGCGAUGCUGAGCAUGGUGUCAAUGAGGCGAUGGAGGAUGCGGGUGAGUGGGAAGAAGAGGAGAAAGAGAUCGGGAGGAAAUAG